UGCACCUCUUAGGCUCUCCCUACCUUUGUUCAGCAACGACGAUAUCUGACCGUCCUUUAACAGCAGAACUGACAUAACUUCGUAUAAUUCUCUUGAUCAGUUUCCCAUUAUCUACUAGAACUGGCGACUGGUACAGCUAUGGCUUCCCAAUCUCAUCAGGAGCCAGACCCGCUGGAUGUCUUGCAGAAUAUGGUCAACGAUGUCCUGGUACAUACUGGCAAGGCUCUCAGAGCUUCCCGCAAGGAUGCUCAAGGCAGCACGCAGUCUACUCAAUCAACCCUCAAGUCCAAGUUGCCUGAGUCUAUUGAUGGUUUCCGGGAAGCCUUACACAAGCUGGAAUGGGAUAUUAUCGAUGCCAAGUCUGUUCUCAUGCGUGAUAUCAAGCGUCUACAAGAACAGAAACAGCAGCAGAGCCAGCAGAUUCAGCAAAGUCAACCUGCUCCUGUAUCCCAACCCCCACAACCUCAGCCGGUUGAAUCUCAGUCCAAAUCUCCCAUGGAUCAGCAUAUGACAGAGAUUAAGACUAACAAACCAGUCGCCCCCUUUCCUGACAUGGGCAUGGGGCUCCUCGAUGUCGGCCAACCUAUCAGUGUGCAGAAUAACGAGACCAGUUCAUCUGUAAUUCCAACUACUGGACCUGAACAACCGACCACGAAGACAAUUGCUCCGAUGGCUCCUAUGCCAGUCAUGGAGCAAAAGCCUAUGGACAACCAAAACAAUGACGUGACAGACCUUACUGGCGACGGGCCUCAUUCAGAACUCAACUUUACAAAUAUGCAGUUCACGCUGGCUCCAACAAACAACGACUCGCAGAACCCCUCUAAUUCUCAGGAACCUUCAUUUGACCUUGCAACAUUUGCUCCCCCGGAGGGUAAUGAUGAUAUACUUGGUCUGGACGACAUCCUGCCCACCAGCAACACUUCUCAGACAAAUGGCAUCUCACAACUACCUGCUGGAUCUGCCGAUAACGCAUCCAAGCAAGACCUGCCAAUGGAUACAGACAAUCAGGGAGCCUCACAGGAAAUGUCAACCGAUAAUUAUGACUCGGUUUUUGAUGACGAGAUUUUCGGUGGUCUCGGUACAGGUGACGGUCUCGCCGAUGGAACUGACGACGUUACUUUUGAAUCCCUCAUGAACGACCGGGAUGAUGACAACCUAAACUACAUGCAAGGAGGCGAAUUUGACGACAACUUUCUCCUUGACGCUAUGUAG